AUGGAUUCACCCUACUCGAACGAGUUGAAGAUCGCAUUCGAAACCAUCCAGCAAGCCGCAAAGCUCAGCCAGUUUGUCCUGUCUGAGGCUGAGAAAGAUGAAGGCCACGACUUGGGUGUUGUCUCCAAGGACGACUUGAGUCCUGUUACUAUUGCAGACUUCGCUAUCCAAGCUUUGCUCACCAGCACGUUGCACGCCCAUUUCCCAGGUGACAGUUUCGUCGGCGAAGAGUCAGCGGCUCAACUGAGGGCCAACCCUGUCUUGCUAGACCGUGUUCAAGCUGCGCUGCAGCACAUCCAGAGCCAGGUCCAGGAUGAGGCUGAGUCCCUGGUGAGGUUCCCCAGUUCGCCUGAGGAGAUGUGCACAGUGAUCGACUGGUGCGGCACGGGAACACCCGACGUUGGGGGCAGGAUCUGGGUAUUCGACCCCAUCGACGGCACGGAAAACUUUGUCAAGAAUUUGGUCUACGCCAUCAACGUCGGGCUCCUGGAAGACGGUAGGCAGGUGCUCUCUGCGGUAGGAUGCCCCAAUAUGUCCAUGGAAAUCAAGGCGCCUGCUUCGGACAGCUCGUUGGACCCCUCAGGGGAGGGAAGUAUCGCCUUUGCCGUGCGAGGCCAUGGCGCCUUCGUCCGGAAACUUCCCGGGCUGUAUCACAGCACAGCCAUACGCCGCCUGCCCCGGCAUGCAGAGCAAGCAACAAACCUGCGAUCCGUGGCUUGUCUCAACACGAGCGGUGUGCCAGCGGUCCACCAGUCUACGGCCAGGCAGCUCGGAAUCGAAUACCCACGAAACAUCCUUCUACCCUGGGUGAUGCGCUAUGUGCUCCUCGCGCUUGAUGUCGGGAACACAACGUUCUGGGCAUACAAAUCAAGGUCGAGGCUCGCAAAAAUCUGGGACCAUGCUGGUGCCAUACUCCUGUUUGAAGAAGUAGGGGGCAAGGUCACUGAUGUUGAUGGAAAGGACAUCAAUUGGAGUGCAGGGAGACAGAUGGUUGCGAAUUACGGCAUUGUGGCUGCCCCGAGCAAUCUGCACGGGCAAGUUUUAGCCACACUCCGGGGAGCUUUAAAGGAAUUGAAACCCGAAUUGCUAGAAGCUCCAAACUGA